GCCUGCCUGGAAAUCCGUCGAGCGUUGCGGGCGCAGCAGUUGAAAAGCGUACGCCGUGAGCGACAGACACGCCGCAGUCGAUCCGUUCGAGUCCGUUCCGCUCCGUUCUUUCCGCUCAGCGCCGAGCCGGACGGAUCCGUAGCCCCGCCCGUGGAGCACUCCGCCGGAAUUGAAGCUGCUAGGAGCCAAGGAGCCUGACCAGGUGGUCAACUAAUCCGUAGUUAACUCCACUAACCCGCAGUUAACUCCUUGGAGCCUGGAUUUCCCUGCUGCUGUGCGCGUGUGUGUGUGUCUGUGUACAGUGGCAAGUUGGAAGUGGCAAGUGGCAGGAGGCAGGAGGCAAGAGUUGGGGGGCAGCAGUACGUGUCGCCAACAGAAUUUCCGAGUGCGCCGGGUAACGCGAGACGGGAUAUUCGGAAAACAACCUGAAAUCCAUUUGCCGCAAUUUGAGAAACCAGCGACAACAACAUGUGUAAAUGCUAACGAGCGCGAAAACGCGAACAUUUUGAUUGAUUUUUGAUUGACAUGCCACUCAGCGCGUGCCACCCAGCUCGAAAAGUGACAAAAGAAAAAUAACAGUGAGGCAGCGAUAAAAUUAAACAAACAACAAACUUGAGGAGCACUCGCUGCAACAUGUAUUCACUAAAAAGUCAAACAAAAUAUUGAAACGUUGUAAGCGAUUUCGGGUCUAACAAAUAAUUGCCUCAAGGGCUGUCAGCGAAAGUGCCAACGCAAACAAGAAAAAGAAUAUAUGAUCCACAAACAAAAUGCAAUCAAAUCAAGGCCCGUAAAAACCGAAGAAGGAAAAUCCAGUUGGGCAAAAAAUCAAACAAAGUAAUAAUAAAAAUCCACAGCAUCAGGCGGCUAAUCAACUACGAUAUACAUAUAAAAAAAGCUGAGUUUGGCAACUGUUUUUCUGGCUUCUCGUUUGGAUUUCUACUCCCUUGCUGUGUCAGUGUAGUGGUGUAUUUUAUUUGUAUAUAUAUGUAUAUUGUAUAUAUAUGUUUCAUGUAUUUUCGUGCCUGGCUAUGAAAAAAGGAUAAAAUAUGCCGACAUUGAUUUUCUCCUGCGACAACAACACCACCAUCAUCAUCAUCGGCUAAGCAACAAAAGCAACAUCCGCAAUAAGAAUCAGGCGAAAAAAGUUGCAGGAUUCGACGAGGGCAAAGUUUUAUGGACAUUUUCGGUUGCUUUUGGGAGCACUAAGCCGCGGAUGAUUAAAACGAUAAAAAGACUGGACAUCUGUCAGCAACACUCUUGAAUGCAACCGGCGUUAAACGAGACACAAAACCAGUUCGACAAGUAGACGCGGCAAAUGCAUUACGUUAUAAUUUCAUUAAGCACAACAGCCUUUCUCCGCCGCCAGUGAAACAGCGUAUCCGUGAGAUAAAAGAGCGGCUGGGGGGAAAAAGAAAGGCGAGCGGAGAAAGUCAGAAAGCCGCAAAAGGCGACAAUAGCCCCCGAGCCCAUUGCCUACUUCUGAGCGCUGUCAAGCGCGAAUCAAGGGCCUGGCAUUUUUAUGAAAUUAAUACAAAGGACGCUGAAGGAGUAGAGGCUGCGCCGAGUGGAAGCGGAAGUAGCAGCCAUGACAAAAGCGCCAGCGACAGGACAAUGACGGGCGGCACUCCGCUAGCGAUUAAAGUGGAUGGGGAAGCGCUACUUUUAUGGCCCGACACUGCUCCAGUAGACGUGACAGCGUCCGAUCGGCUAAUAAUAUUUACCCGCGGAAAGAGCCCGGCUGCAUAAUUUGACAUGCCAACGUGAGCCAGCUGGCGAAAAUUGUUUACCCCAGUGCUGCACAGGCAGAGCCAAGAAAACGCAAGUAGGAAACUUAGAAGGAUCUUUGAACAAAGGACGCAGCCCAGCCGGAGGCACUUGAGACAAUGAGUGGUCUGUCCAUCUGGAUACCGCUCCUUGCACUUGUGGCCCUAACGGCGGCCUGUCCGCCGGAGGUGUGUGUGUGCAAGUGGAAGGGGGGCAAGCAGACGGUGGAGUGCGGGGGCCAGCAGCUCUCCAAUCUACCGGAGGGCAUGGAUCCGGGCACCCAGGUGCUCAACUUUAGCGGCAAUGCGCUGCAGGUGCUGCAGUCGGAGCGCUUUCUGCGUAUGGAUCUGCUCAACCUGCAGAAGAUUUAUCUGUCCCGGAAUCAGCUGAUCCGGAUACACGAGAAGGCCUUCAGGGGCCUGACCAAUCUGGUCGAGCUGGAUCUCAGCGAGAAUGCGCUGCAGAAUGUGCCCAGCGAGACGUUUCAGGACUACAGCUCCCUGAUGCGCCUCUCGCUGAGUGGAAAUCCCAUCAGGGAGCUGAAGACCUCGGCCUUCCGGCACCUCUCCUUCCUCACGACCCUGGAGCUAUCCAACUGCCAGGUGGAGCGGAUCGAGAACGAGGCCUUCGUGGGCAUGGACAACCUGGAGUGGCUGCGACUGGACGGCAAUCGGAUUGGCUUCAUCCAGGGCACCCACAUCCUGCCCAAGUCGCUGCACGGCAUCAGCCUGCACAGCAAUCGGUGGAACUGCGACUGCCGCCUCCUGGACAUCCACUUCUGGCUGGUCAACUACAACACCCCGCUGGCCGAGGAGCCCAAGUGCAUGGAGCCGGCGAGGCUGAAGGGUCAGGUAAUCAAGAGCCUGCAGCGGGAGCAGCUGGCCUGUCUGCCGGAGGUCAGUCCCCAGUCGAGUUACACGGAGGUGAGCGAGGGCAGGAACAUGUCCAUCACCUGCCUGGUCAGGGCCAUCCCGGAGCCGAAGGUCCUUUGGCUAUUCAAUGGCCAGGUGAUGAGCAACGACAGCCUCAUGGACAACCUGCACAUGUACUACUACAUCGACGAGACGAUCGGAGUCAGUGGCGCCGAGGAGAAGCGCAGCGAAAUCUUCAUCUACAACGUAGGCGCCGAGGACAAUGGCACCUUCUCCUGCGUGGGCCAGAACAUAGCUGGCACCACCUUCAGCAACUACACCCUGAGGGUCAUAAUCAAGGAGCCGCCGGUGGUGAACGAGGUCUCGUUCCCCAGGUACUACAUGAACUACAUUGUGGCCAGCAGCGCCGGAGGUGGCAUAAUCUUCGUGGUGCUCCUCUGCACCAUCGUGGUCAAGUGCAAGAAGACCUCGGAGCCGGCCAAGCAGCGCAAGAAGUGCGAUCAGGUGACGAGCAUUGCCGGCGGCACCGACUCCUCGACGGGCAGUACCCAGGAUACGGGCAUGGGAAUGAUGAAGUGCGCCUCCAUACUGAAUGACGGCGGCGACAGUCUGAACGGAAAUGCAGGACUCCUGCUGGGCGACACACUGACACCCACCAAGGCGGCGAAUGGCGCAGCCGGCGGCGGCAUUAUCCUGGGCAAUCAGAUGAAGCAGAACCUACUCCUCUACGCCACUCCGAACUCCGCCCAGCAGCAGCUGCAGCUGAAUGUCAACCUGAUGGGCACUGGACCGGGAUCACCGCCGCUGCUCCUGAGCAAUGGCCAUGGCUUGGCGGCCGCCUACUGUUCCCCACCCGCCUCGCUGCGCAACUACCAGGAGAAGAAUCCGGACCUGGUCAACGAUGCGGAGAGUGUCAAGCACAAGCUCAAGACGGCGGUGAGUCUCGACGGAGCCGGGGAGUACGAGACGCAGAGCGACUGCGGUCAGUACGAGGGCUGCUAUCAGCUGGCGGCCGCUCCACAUGCGCAUCCGGGACACCAGCACCCACAUCCGGGACAUCCGCUGAUGGGACGCUUCGCACAGGCGAUGACCACCUUGCCGCGCGGCAUGCAACUGAAGCCGGCUCCCCAUCAAGUUGAUGUCCACCUGAAUCCGGUGUGCUUCCUGGGCCAAGAUGGAGCCUUUGCGUACGACUACAGCAGCGCCCAUCUGGUGCAGCAGCCGCCGCAGCAGCAGCAACAGCCGCAGCAGCAGCAGCAACAGGUGCAGCCUGCCAACAACUUCUACCGCACCUUGCCACACAACAGGUUGCACAAGCAGCAGCAAUUUCAGGCGGCUGCGGCGGCAGGCGGAGGUGUCGGUGUGGGCGGCAAUCCCACUCUGCGCUACAGCCUCGAGGCCGAGUUCAUCCAGAGGGGUCCGACGGUGAGCUACGAGAAGUACCAGCUGCCCAAUGUGCGCUUCACAGCGGAGGGUUAUCCGCAGCAGCAACAGCAGCAGCAGCAGCAGCAGCAACUUCAGCAGCAGCAGCAGCUGCAGCUGCAGCAGCAGCAUCAGUUCCCCUCGCCGCCAGAGGGCUACAAAAGCGAUUUGGCGGUGAUGCCGGCGCCGUUCCAGCAGUGGCCCAGCUGCUUGCCCGGCUACCGCUUCGCCCAGUCACCCACCAGCCUGCCAGCGGCCGCAACUCCACCACCAGCCGCAGUGGUGGCCACACCACCAGCGCCCACAUCAGCAGCUUGCACACAAUCCACGGCCACGUCCACCAUUCCGGAGCUGGAUGAAAGCGAGGCGAGUUCGCCGCGACUCGAGGAAGCCGCUGGCUCCGCAGCGCCACCUGCCGGCGAGGAAGAGAGCUCAGACACCGCGAUACUCAAACAGCUUAAUGGCCCCUUGGCCGACAGCCCCGACGAGGGAUACGUGGGCGAUGGCCAGGAAACCAGCGACAUUUGACCCGGCCAGCAGCCAACUGCCAGGGAUGAAGCGGCCUUAGACGAUUCAGUGGCUCUGUAAAUGGCCAGGCUGAUCAGCAAACCACUCAUAGCCUAAGUUCACCCUUCACUUGUUUCCGUCCCGCUGAUUUUUUACUUCCUUACAUUUUCCCUUUUUUCUUUGCUGGCUUGCCCCAAAAAGGAAGCAAAACAAACAAGGACAGACCCAAGUUUAACCUAAUAAUUGGCUGAAAGAGAGAGAGCUGCGAAUGCGAGUCCGAGUAGAAGUCUCAGAAAACCAAAUAAAGUAGGGGCAGGGACAGGACCUCGCCAGCCCAGUGAAAAGGAUCCAGUUUCAGUUAGCUUAUGGGAAUAAGGAAAAGUUCGCGUCAGGUGUGGGAAGUUCUGCCUGAGCAAU